CUUUUUUGGCGGGAAAGAGAAAGGGCGCCUAUUUUAAAUUUUAUUUUCAAAAAUUUAAAUUUUAUUAUAAAUAUUGUAAAUUAAGUGUGAAUAUUGUGAAUAAAUGUAUAUAAAAUGGAUGGAAAUGAAGGGGACCCGAGUAGUGCCAGUGUAAAUAAAAAAAAGAGACCUGCGGAGAGUAGCGGCGGCGGUGAGGAUGUAGACAAUAAUUCGUACAGUCCAUUUUUAAAACAAAACUAUGUAAGACUAUAUCCAGACAAUUCUACAAACGUUGAGUUCAAAGUGUUUGUUGAAAGUGCGGAUAAAAAGGACAAAUUGGGAAACAAAAGUCCAAUAUAUUUGAACCAUAUAUUCACGACGGACAUUAAGGGGGUAAUUGGCAUUCACCGAGUUAACGCUAACAAAAUUGCGGCUGUUUUCAAACAAUCCAACAAUGCGAAUAACUUUAUUACCAACGCUACAUUCCUGGCUAAACACCAAUUAAGGGCUUAUAUUCCAGCGGCUCAGAUUGAGAAAACUGGAAUAAUUCGAUUUGUACCAACGAACAUAUCCAACAAAGAGCUGUACAACAAGCUCUCAAGCACAAGUGAGAUCAUAGCAAUAAGACGAUUCACGAAAAAAGUAGGGCAAGAAAGGGUCCCACUGCAAACAGUUAGUUUGACCUUUCUGUCAAACUCGCUACCAGACCAUGUCCAAUAUGACCUAUUUUCCUAUAGAGUAUUUGACUACAUACCACCACUACAGCAAUGUUUUAGGUGCUUUAAGUUCAAUCAUUCGGCAAAGGUGUGCAAUGGCAAGCAGCGCUGCAGCUGCUGUGCUGGUGAGCACCAUUACAAAGAAUGCAGCACACCGGAUGAGGUUCGCUGCUGUAAUUGCAGCGGGCCUCAUUUGGCUAUUUCAAAGUCAUGCCCAAUUAAAUUAAAAAAGAUUAUGGAAAAAAAGAGCAAAAUCACAUAUGCUAGCGCUGCUGCCAGUAAACAACUAGAACUUGAAGUAAACUUCCCACCUCUACCAGCUGUAAAUAAAACUCAAAAUGUAAAUAGUAAUAAGUUUAAUAAUAAGAAUGUAAACAAGUCUGUACAAAGUGUAUCUAACAAUGUAAAUAAAAAUAAACAAAAAGGUAACGAACCUGUCUCACAAGACUUUUCGCCUAAGGCUGUUGACUUAAAGACGCAGCUAAUCAACAAUGAUGACCUAGUUAACGUCAUAGUGAGCACCCUAAUACAACUGGGUAAUAAGAGUGACGAUAAUCCUAUUACUACGUCAUUUAUCAAAGAAUUAUUAUUUAAAAACCUAACCUAAUAUGGAUAAUAACUUGAACAUAACACAACUCAAAAUAGCUCAAUUUAAUAUUCAAAGUUUAAAUAACAAAAAGCCGUUACUUAUAAAAUUUCUACAGGAAAAAAAUCUUGAUAUUUGCCUAUUAAAUGAAACAUGGUUUAAGGAGAACCAACAUAUUUCUAUACCCGGUUACAAUCUUCACUUUAAAAAUGCAAAAAAUGAGCAUGGUGGUGUUGCCAUCUUAAUUCGUCCUUAUUUCAAAUACAAAUUAAUUAACACUGUCUUUUAUGAAGAUAUUCAAACAAUAGCUAUAUCAAUUUCUACAGGAUGUGGAGAACUAACUCUAUUAUGUGUAUAUUGUCCACCUACAAGUAGUCAUAUUAGAAUUAAUAAAUUACGUAAUUUAAUUAGAUAUCUGCCUAAACCUAUUUUAGUAUCAGGUGAUUUUAAUGCUCACCAUAUUGCUUUUGGGUGCUUAUCCACUAAAGGACGAGGACAACAAUUAUACAAUGUUAUAGAUGAAUUGGAUUUAUGUAUCCUUAACGAUGGUAAUUUUACUACUAUUAAUUAUCCUAAUCGAAACCCGUCGGCUAUAGAUGUCGCUUUUACCAGCUCAGCCAUUGCACCCUUGUGUGAUUGGACUGUUCACGAUGACAAUAUGGGUAGCUACCACUUUCCUGUGAUCAUUACUAUUGCACUUUCAAUUGAUAGAUAUCAAAUAAAUCCUCCAAUAGAUAAAUUUAUGUACAGUAAAGCAAACUGGCAAAAAUACCACGAACUUUCUAAGUCCUUUUUUACAAAUUUUACCAUUAAUAGUGAUAAUCCUUUAGAAACUUAUGAAUAUUUUUGUAACAAGUUAAACUCUCUUAAA